AAGCUAAAUACAAAUACAAAUGCCAGCUAAACUGUUACCAGUAAAAUUUGUUCUCAUGAUCAAACUCAAGAAACUCUAAGUACAGAUGAUUUGUUUAAAGUUAUAUGUAUUUUACUGUUGUAUUUACUUGAAGCUUUCUUAGAUUUUGAAACGAAGUAAACACGUAAUGUGUGUUGCUAAUGUUGGGCCAUGUAAUAUGUAAUACAUUAACGUUUUAAUGAAUAGUCUAACGAGUUAUAGUCGUUGUACUCUAUUGUUAUAAUAUGUAUUUUUGACUGAAUACAUGUUUGUUUUAUUUGUCUAUAUCCUAGAUUCGCAGCUGGACACAUCCUUCUACACUGUAUGCAAACAUGCAACAUCAUAACACACAGUACAAGGAGUCAGACUGGCAUAUGAGGAGCAAAGAUCGGGAAGCUGUGAAGGAGGUGCUGCCCGGCCUUCGCAGAGUCAGCAUGCCUCACAUCACCUUGACCACAGACACUCGUAGGCGGCCGAGGCGUACUGCGAGCCAGCACCCGUCGCGAUGCAGCUUCACGGACCGCGUUCAGGCGAACGGAGACGCCAUCGCCCAGCAUGAAAACGGUAAGACUCCGCUUGUCAUUGUAACCUGCACUACUUGCCACAUGUACAGUUUAGCUUCUUCCGUCAGCAUAGAGGGGUUUUCAUGUGCUAAGUGUAUUGAAGUAGUAAGGCUGACGGAGAAGGUUGCUGAACUUGAAGCGCGCAUCCGAACGUUAGUUGAGGACAGUAAGACCGCUAAUGUUAAUGUUACAAACACUGUUUCGGGUGCGCCUAGUGUUAAGCGUAAUACACAUGGCUCGGUUCCGACUUCAGAGUCAAGGCGGCUGACUAACUGGGUGACUGUCAGGCGGCAUAGUCACAUUCGGCACCCAAAUCACGCUCCUGUUUUAAUAUCAAACAGAUUUUCUCCACUCAGCAAUACACCGGCUGAGACGUCUGUUAAAAGUGCCCUGGUUAUUGGAGAUUCUAUACUCAGGAACGUUGACAUUGAGGCACCAGCCACCAUAGUCGAUUGUAUACCGGGAGCCAGAGCGUCUGACAUUAGAUCCAAAUUAAAAGUGCUGGCUAAUGCUAAACGUAAGUUUUCUAAGAUUGUUAUUCACGCCGGCACGAAUGACACCAGACUCCGCCAGUCGGAGAUCACCAAAGAUACUAUUAAAGAGGUGUGUGAAAUUGCAAAAACAAUGUCAGACAAUGUAAUUUGCUCUGGUCCCCUCCCCGCCUACCGGGGGGAUGAAACUUACAGUAGAUUAGUGUCUCUUCAUGGCUGGAUGUCAAAGUGGUGCCCUCAGCAUAACGUAGGGUUUAUAGACAAUUGGAAGCAUUUCCGGGGAAGACCUGACCUGCUAAAGAGAGAUGGCCUCCAUCCGUCUCCGGAAGGUAGUGCUAUACUCUCUAGAAAUCUGACCAAUAGUCUUACUUUUGAUAUAGUCUGACUAUUGUAAGAAUUUAUAGUCAGCCUUGACAAAGAUUCCACUUCAAUUUAGCUGUUGAAUAAAGCUCAUCCCUCCAAAAGGCUUGAUAAUCAUAAAUGGUAAUCUCAGUUCAAGCAAUACAAUAAUAUAACCUGAAGUAAUACUUUCUUAAUAGUAGUAUGGGAGCAAAUGUGAGACUUCUUGAACCAACACAGGUCAAAGAGGGUUCAUGAUAAUAGAAGACAUCCAUCUAAACAUUAUCUGAUCACUUGGUUGAGCACACAGUUGGGUACUAAGAUAGCUUGAUCAUACAAAUCCCAGGACCCUUUUAGGCACAGUAGGAGAUAUAGGGGUCAUUUGUAGUAUUAGUCUUAAUUUACAUUUAAAGGGAUACUUCAUUAGCAUUAGGGGUGGGAAAACAGGUUUGAAACUAUAAAGUGUUAAGACUGACUUUGCUCACGGUUCACUCCAACUCCGAUGAACCCAGAGUGCUUCAUGUACUUUGCUAC